UUUCCCGGGUCGGGAGCGCUGCGCCUGCCGGGAAGUCACCAGGACGGUUACCUACAGGUUCACGGCGGGGGCGGGUGGGCUUCGACAUGCAGACCACCGACCUGGGCAACAAGGAGAGCGGCAAGAUAUGGCAUCGCAAGCCGUCCCCGGCCACUCGAGACGGAAUUCUAGUGAACGUCAUUCACAACACUUCCGAGUACCAUCCAAAAGCUUUGCGAUUUUUGAAUGUGGCUUUUGAUGGUUCAGGAGAUUCCCUCAUUGCCGGGGACCAUCAAGGAAAUAUCUAUGUUUUUGACUUGAAUGGAAACAGGUUUAAUCUUGUUCAGCGAACAGCACAAGCUUGCACAGCUCUGGCCUUUAAUCUUCGUAGGAAAUCCGAAUUCCUUGUGGCACUAGCUGAUUAUUCUAUCAAAUGUUUUGAUACAGUCACCAAGGAACUAGUUAGCUGGAUGAGAGGACAUGAAUCGUCGGUGUUUUCCAUCUCUGUGCACGCGUCAGGGCGAUAUGCCAUCACUACUUCUUCUGAUACAGCACAGCUAUGGGACUUGGAUACCUUUCAGAGAAAAAGAAAGCUGAACAUUCGCCAGUCGGUGGGGAUACAGAAGGUUUUCUUUCUACCACUAAGUAAUACCAUCCUCAGCUGUUUUAAAGACAAUUCCAUUUUUGCCUGGGAAUGUGAUACUCUGUUUUGCAAAUAUCAAUUACCAGCUCCACCCGAAAGCUCCAGUAUAUUAUACAAAGUGUUUGCUGUGACCAGAGAUGGCCGAAUCCUGGCUGCUGGAGGCAAAUCAAAUCACCUUCACUUAUGGUGCUUAGAAGCUACACAGCUCUUUAGAAUUAUCCAGAUGCCUACAAAAGUUCGAGCCAUUCGCCAUCUAGAAUUUCUUCCUGAUAGCUUUGAUGCUGGUUCUAAUCAGGUUCUUGGAGUGCUGAGUCAAGAUGGUAUUAUGAGAUUUGUCAACAUACAGACUUGUAAACUUCUUUUUGAAAUUGGGAGCCUUGAUGACGGAAUUAGCUCAUCAGUGAUUAGCCCCCACGGACGGUACAUUGCAUCUAUUAUGGAGAAUGGCAGUCUGAACAUAUAUUCAGUUCAGGCUUUAACACAAGAAAUAAAUAAGCCACCUCCUCCUUUAGUGAAAGUGAUUGAGGAUUUGCCUAAGAAUAAACUUAGUUCUGGUGAUCUUAAGAUGAAAGUAACAUCAGGAAGAGUUCAGCGGCCAACUUUAAAACCCAGGGAAAGCAAAAUACAAACUAGAAUAUUAAAACAAGACCUGACUAGUAAUUUUGAAAAUAAAGAGAAUGAAUUGUCAUAUGGAUUAAAUAAAAAACGUUUACAAAUCUUAUUAAAAGGCUAUGGUGAAUAUCCAACCAAAUACAGAAUGUUUAUUUGGCGCUCUCUGCUACAACUGCCUGAAAAUCAUACUGCAUUCAGCAGCCUGUUAGAUAAGGGUACUCACGUGGCAUUUCUCAACCUUCAGAAGAAAUACCCCAUCAAAAGUAGGAAGCUACUCAGAGUGCUACAGAGAACCCUGUCUGCAUUGGCUCACUGGUCUGCCAUCUUCAGUGACACACCGUACCUUCCACUGUUGGCGUUUCCAUUUGUAAAAUUAUUCCAGAACAACCAGCUCAUCUGUUUUGAAGUUAUUGCUACUCUCAUAAUCAAUUGGUGUCAACACUGGUUUGAAUACUUUCCUAAUCCUCCCAUCAAUAUUCUGAGCAUGAUAGAAAACGUUUUGGCAUUUCAUGACAAGGAACUGCUACAACACUUCAUCAAUCAUGAUAUAACUUCCCAGCUAUAUGCGUGGCCUCUUCUUGAAACUGUGUUCUCAGAAGUACUGACAAGAGAGGAGUGGCUGAAAUUAUUUGAUAAUGUCUUUUCCAACCAUCCUUCAUUCCUCCUGAUGACUGUUGUAGCCUACAACAGAUGUUCUAGAGCUCCUUUGCUCAACUGUAAUCUCAAAGAUGAUUUUGAGUAUUUUUUUCACCAUCGGAAUAACCUGGAUAUAAAUGUUGUGAUUAGAGAAGUUUAUCAUCUCAUGGAGACCACGCCUAGUGAUAUCCAUCCAGACAGCAUGCUUGCUGUUUUCACAGCACUGACAAAGGGGCAGUAUCCAGUAUUUAACCAAUAUCCGACGUUUAUUGUGGACUAUCAGACACAGGAGCGAGAAAGAAUAAGGAAUGAUGAACUGGAUUACCUAAGAGAGAGGCAGACAGUUGAAGAUAUGCAAGCAGAAGUAGACCAGCAGAGAGUGGAAGAUGAAGCUUGGUAUGAAAAACAAGAACUGCUUCGUAAAGCCGAAGAAACAAGACGACAAAUACUCUUACAGGAGGAAGAGAAGAUGAUGCAACAGAGACAGAAACUAGCUGCUGUGAAAAGAGAGCUGAAAAUAAAGGAAAUACACUUACAAGAUGCUGCGAGAAGGCGUUUCCUGAAGCUUCAGCAAGAUCAGCGUGAAAUGGAGCUGAAAAGACUGGAUGAUGAAAUUGAGAGAAAGGUACAAAUGAGAGAUCAAGAAAUUGCUAGCACAGCCAAAGACCUUGAAAUGAGACAGCUGGAACUCGAAUCACAAAGGAGACUUUAUGAGAAGAAUCUUACCAGAAGUCAAGAAGCUGUUGCAAAAGAAAUACGAGAAGAUGCAGAUGCCUAUAGACGAAAAGUGCACCUUGAAGAAGACCUGUUUCAUAGACUGAUAGAAACCGACCAGACUCAGAGCCAGAAGGCUCAGCAGAUAAUUGAAGAAAAUUUGGACCAAGCUGAACAAGCAUGCCUAAAUACUGACUGGCAGAUUCAAACUUUAUAUAAACAAAAAUGUGAUGAUUUACAGCGAGAUGAAUGUUACCAGGAAGUAGCCAAACUCCUUCAGGAAAACAGGAGGAAAGAAAUAGAGGUAUUAAAAGCAAUGAUGGAGGAGGAAGCCAUGAAGUGGAAGGAAGCUGAGGAAAAGGAGUUUCAUUUGAGAUCAGAAAAGAAAGCUUCUGCCCUUUCUGAUGCGUCUAGAAGGUGGUUUUUAAAGCAGCAGAUAGGUGCUGCGUUAGCACAUGCUGAAAACCCAUCUCCUAAAGAAGUGUCCAGGUGGCGCGGUGAGCAGGGCGACCUCGGCUGUCUGCCUAGGAGCUCACAGGCAAACAUGUCUGACAUGGACUGCUCCGCAGAAGUUCUUUUAACUCGAAAUGCAGUCGAGUGGGACAGCUCGGAGCAGAAUGUCAUGAGGAAAGUGCGGAACCUCCGCCAGAGACUCUCCGCCCAGGCUCGGGGCAGGCGCCAGGCCCCUCGUCUGCUGGCCACGUAGAAGACGUGGCACCUGAGCCAGCCGGAGAGAGAGUCGCCUCGUUUGUAAUCAAUGACACUGAUUUUUAGCCUAUUUAUUUUACACUCCUAUGAAGACCAACCUUUUGUAUAGAAAAAUCUGUCCAUAAAAAUUAUGUGUUCUAUUUGAUACCUUUCGGCUUGUAAAUGGCUCCUUGAACCUUUCAUAAUAAAAAUUUUUUA